AUGCAAGCGGCCACUUCGUCCAUGCAGUUUGAGAAGUGUAUAGAACUAAGAAGCAACCUGGAGACGCUGGAGAAGCUGCGAGACCAGCACAACUCGGGGCAUGAUGUGUCAGCAGAAAUACAGAGACUCCGGGCUUCUCUUGGUUGA